AUGUGUCAUGAAUUCUUCUGCCUGUUCCCUGGUGACGGAAACUGUUACCCCAACCUGGCGCACGAUGGGACGACGUGCGGGAACAGGAAGUGGUGUCAGCAAGGCCAGUGUGUCUUCUCCGUGACAGCACCCGCGACCCCAGAGAACUGCCCCGCUGGUGAUGACCCCAGUGUCACGUGUGACCCCACGCUUUGUUUAGUGGCUCCAGAUGCAUUCAGAAAUCAAAUCUGCUGCUCCACGUGCAAGCCCGUGAUCACAGCGUUUACGCUCCCCCCAACAAACCCAGUCAGCACCACAGACGGGGGCGGGGCCCCAGGGGGUCGCACUACAGCCUCCAUGAUGGCGGGACCCACGGUCAACUGCCCAGCUGGGGAUGAUCCUGACGAAACUUGCCAAGCAUCAUCCUGUACGAACCAAACCCUGGCAGACAUAUCCUGCUGUGCCACUUGCAAAGACGUUGUGUCAACACUAGCUACCAGUUCUACUGAAACAGGAUCUACAGACACGACAACAACUGCCGGGUCGGCUUCUGGUGUCACAUCGGGCACUCCGCCUACGACUCGAGGAACAACUUCGGAGAUUCCUCCGUCCACAGUUAUAGGGGAAACAUCAGGUACACCACCAUCUGAGAUUUCAGGAGCAUCAUCAGGAACGUCACUUACUGUCACAGUAGGAAUAUCGGCUACGCCAACCACAGGUACAGAAGAAACAUCAGGUACACCUCCGUCCACAGUUACUGGAGAAACAUCAGGUACACCAUCCCCCACAGUUACUGGAGGAACAUCAGGUACACCACCGCCCACAGAUACUGGAGGAACAUCAGGUACACCAACAUCCUCAGUUACUGGGAGUACGGCGUCAACAAAACGAACAGAAUCAACAACGAAUAUACCUGCAGCUUCAACUGCCUCCGCAUUUGAGGAUACGGCGUCAACAAAACGAACACCAACUCCAACAAUUACUGGAGGAACAUCAGAUACACCAACUCCCACAAUUACUGGAGGAACGUCAGACACGCAACCCACAGUAAGUGGAGGAACAUCAGGUACACCUCCGUCCACAGUUACUGGAGAAACAUCAGGUACACCAUCCCCCACAGUUACUGGAGGAACAUCAGGUACACCACCUCCCACAGUUACUGGAGGAACAUCAGAUACUCCAACUCCCACAGUUACGGGAGGAACGUCAGAAACGCUGCCCACAGUAAGUGGAGGAACAUCAGGUACACCACCGCCCACAGUUACUGGAGGAACAUCAGGUACACCAACUCCAACAGUUACUGGAGGAACGUCAGAUACACCACUGCCCACAGUUACGGGAGGAACAUCAGAUACACCACCGCCCACAGUUACGGCAGGAACGUCAGACACGCAACCCACAGUAAGUGGAGGAACAUCAGAUACACCAACAUCCUCAGUUACUGGGAGUACGGCGUCAACAAAACGAACAAAAUCAACAACGAAUAUACCUGCAGCAUCAACUGCCUCCGCAUUUGAGGAUACGGCGUCAACAAAACGAACACCAACUCCCACAAUUACUGGAGGAACAUCAGAUACUCCACCGCCCACAGUUACGGGAGGAACGUCAAACACGCAGCCCACAGUAAGUGGAGGAACAUCAGGUACACCACCGCCUACAAUUACUGGAGGAACAUCAGUUACACCAACUCCAACAGUUACUGGAGGAACGUCAGAUACACCACCGCCCACAGUUACGGGAGGAACAUCAGGUACACCACAGCCCACAGUUACGGGAGGAACAUCAGGUACACCAACUCCCACAGUUACUGGAGGAACGUCAGAUACACCACCGCCCACGGUUACGGGAGGAACAUCAGGUACACCGCAGCCCACAGUUACGGGAAGAACAUCAGGUACACCAACUCUCACGGAUACUGGAGGAACUUCAGAUACUCCACCGCCCACAGUUACUGGAGGAACGUCAGACACGCAGCCCACAGUAAGUGGGGGAACAUCAGGUACACCACCGCCCACAGUUACUGGAGGAACAUCAGGUACACCAACUCCCACAGUUACUGGAGGAACAUCAGAUACUCCACCGCCCACGGUUACGGGAGGAACAUCAGGUACACCACGGCCCAAAGUUCCUGGAGGAACAUCAGGUACACCAACUCCCACAGUUACUGGAGGAACGUCAGAUACACCACCGCCCACGGUUACGGGAGGAACAUCAGGUACACCGCAGCCCACAGUUACGGGAAGAACAUCAGGUACACCAACUCUCACAGAUACUGGAGGAACUUCAGAUACUCCACCGCCCACAGUUACUGGAGGAACGUCAGACACGCAACCCACAGUAAGUGGGGGAACAUCAGGUACACCACCGCCCACAGUUACUGGAGGAACAUCAGUUACACCAACUCCCACAGUAAGUGGAGGAACAUCAGAUACAUCAGCAUCCUCAGUUACUGGGAGUACGGCGUCAACAAAACGAACAGAAUCAACAACGAAUAUACCUGCAGCAUCAACUGCCUCUGCAUUUGAGGAUACGGCGUCAACAAAACGAACACCAACUCCCACAAUUACUGGAGGAACAUCAGAUACACCAACUCCCAGAAUUACUAGAGGAACGUCAGACACGCAACCCACAGUAAGUGGAGGGACAUCAGGUACACCAACGCCCACAGUUACUGGAGGAACAUCAGAUACUCCAACUCACACAGUUACUGGAGGAACGUCAGAUAAUCCACCGCGCUCAGAUACUGGAGGAACAUCAGGUACACCAACUCCAACAAUUACUGGAGGAACGUCAGAUACACCACCGCCCACAGUUACUGGAGGAACAUCAGGUACACCACCGUCCACAGUUACUGGAGGAACGUCAGACACGCAACCCACAGUAAGUGGAGGAACAUCAGGUACAUCACCGCCCACAGUUACUGGAAGAACAUCAGGUACACCAAUUCCCAAAGUUACUGGAGGAACGUCAGACACGCAGCCCACAGUAAGUGGAGGAACAUCAGAUACACCAACAUCCUCAGUUACUGGGAGUACGGCGUCAACAAAACGAACAGAAUCAACAACGAAUAUACCUGCAGCUUCAACUGCCUCCGCAUUUGAGGAUACGGCGUCAACAAAACAAACACCAAUUCCCACAAUUACUGGAGGAACAUCAGAUACACCAACUCCAACAAUUACUGGAGGAACGUCAGACACGCAACCCUCAGUAAGUGGAGGAACAUCAGGUACACAACCGCCCACAGUUACUGGAGGAACAUCAGGUUCACCAACUCCCACAGUUACUGGAGGAACUUCAGAUACUCCACCGCCCACAGUUACUGGAGGAACGUCAGACACGCAGCCCACAGUAAGUGGAGGAACAUCAGGUACACCAUCGCCCACAGUUACUGGAGGAACGUCAGAUACACCAACUCCGACAGUUACUGGAGGAACGUCAGAUACACCACCGCCCACGGUUACGGGAGCAACAUCAGGUACUUCGCAGCCCACAGUUACUGGAGGAACAUCAGGUACACAAACUCCCACAGAUACUGGAGGAACAUCAGAUACACCAACUCCAACAAUUACUGGAGGAACGUCAGACACGCAACCCACAGUAAGUGGAGGAACAUCAGGUACACCACCGCCCACAGUUACUGGAGGAACAUCAGGUAAACCAACUCUCACAGAUACUGGAGGAACUUCAGAUACUCCACCGCCCACAGUUACGGGAGGAACGUCAGACACACAGCCCACAGUAAGUGGGGGAACAUCAGGUACACCACCGCCCACAGUCACCGGAAGAACAUCAGUUACACCAACUCCUACAGUAAGUGGAGGAACAUCAGAUACACCAGCAUUCUCAGUUACUGGGAGUACGGCGUCAACAAAACGAACAGAAUCAACAACGAAUAUACCUGCAGCAUCAACUUCCUCCGCAUUUGAGGAUACGGCGUCAACAAAACGAACAGAAUCAACAGCGAAUAUACCUGCAGCAUCAACUGCCUCCGCAUUUGAGGUUACGGCGUCAACAAAACGAACACCAACUCCCACAUUUACUGGAGGAACAUCAGAUACACCAACUCCCACAAUUACUAGAGGAACGCCAGACACGCAACCCACAGUAAGUGGAGGAACAUCAGGUACACCACCGCCCACAGUUACUGGAGGAACUUCAGAUACUCCACCGCCUUCAGAUUCUGGAGGAACAUCAGAUACACCAACUCCAACAAUUACUGGAGGAACGUCAGAUACUUCACCGCCCACAGUUACUGGAGGAACGUCUGACACGCAACCCACUGUAAGUGGAGAAACAUCAGGUACACCACCGCCCGCAGUUACUGGAGGAACAUCAGGUACACCACCGCCCACAGUUACUGGAGGAACUUCAGAUACUCCACCGCCCACGGUUAAUGCUGAAACAUCAGGUACACCACUGCCCACAGUUACGGGAGGAACGUCAGACACGCAACCCACAGUAAGUGGAGGAACAUCAGAUACACCAACAUCCUCAGUUACUGGGAGUACGGCGUCAACAAAACGAACAGAAUCAACAACGAAUAUACCUGCAGCAUCAACUGCCUCCGCAUUUGAGGAUACGGCGUCAACAAAACGAACACCCACUCCCACAAUUACUGGAGGAACAUCAGAUACACCAACUCCAACAAUUACUGGAGGAACGUCAAAAACGCAACCCACAGUAAGUGGAGGAACGUCAGGUACACCAACUCCCACAUUUACUGGAGGAACUUCAGAUACUCCACCGCCCACAGUAACUGGAGGAACGUCAGACACGCAGCCCACAGUAAGUGGAGGAACAUCAGGUACACCACUGCCCACAGUUACUGGAGGAACAUCAGGUACACCAACUCCCACAGUUACUGGAGGAACGUCAGACACGCAACCCACAGUAAGUGGAGGAACAUCAGAGACACCACCGCCCACAGUUACGGGAAGAACAUCAGAUACACCAACUCCCACAGUUACGGGAGGAACGUCAGACACGCAGCCCACAGUAAGUGGAGGAACAUCAGGUACACCACCGCCCACAGUUACUGGAGGAACAUCAGGUACACCACCGCCCACAGUUACGGGAGGAACAUCAGGUACACCAACUCCAACAGUUACUGGAGGAACGUCAGAUACACCACUGCCCACAGUUACGGGAGGAACAUCAGGUACACCAACUCCAACAGUUACUGGAGGAACGUCAGAUACACCACCGCCCACAGUUACGGGAGGAACGUCAGACACACAGCCCACAGUUACUGGAGGAACAUCAGGUACACCACCGCCCACAGUUACUGGAGGAACAUCAGGUUCACCAACUCCCACAGUUACUGGAGGAACGUCAGACACGCAGCCCACAGUAAGUGGAGGAACAUCAGGUACACCACCGCCCACAGUUACUGGAGGAAUAUCAGGUACACCAACUCCCACAGUUACGGGAGGAACGUCAGACACGCGUCCCAUAGUAAGUCGAGGAACAUCAGGUACACCACCGCCCACAGUUACUGGAGGAACAUCAGGUACACCAACUCCAACAGUUACUGGAGGAACGUCAGAUACACCACUGCCCACAGUUACGGGAGGAACAUCAGGUACACCACCGGCCACAGUUACGGGAGGAACGUCAGACACGCAACCCACAGUAAGUGGAGGAACAUCAGAUACACCAACAUCCUCAGUUACUGGGAGUACGGCGUCAACAAAACGAACAGAAUCAACAACGAAUAUACCUGCAGCAUCAACUGCCUCCGCAUUUGAGGAUACGGCGUCAAUAAAACGAACACCCACUCCAACAAAUACUGGAGGAACAUCAGAUACACCAACUCCAACAAUUACUGGAGGAACGUCAGACACGCAGCCCACAGUAAGUGGAGGAACGUCAGGUACACCACCGCCCACAGUAACUGGAGGAACGUCAGAUACAUCACCGCCCACGGUUACGGGAGGAACAUCAGGUACAACAAAGCCCACAGUUACGGGAGGAACAUCAGGUAGACCAACUCCCACAGAUACCGGAGUAACGUCCGAUACACCACCGCCAACAGUUACUGGAGGAACGUCAGAUACGCAACCCACAGUAAGUGGAGGAACAUCAGGUACACCACCGCCCACAGUUACUGGAACAACAUCAGAUACACCAACUCCCACAGUUACUGGAAGAACUUCAGAUACUCCACCGCCCUCAGAUACUGGAGGAACAUCAGAUACACCAACUCCCACAAUUACUGGAGGAACGUCAGACACGCAACCCACAGUAAGUGGAGGAACAUCAGGUACACCACCGCCCACAGUAACUGGAGGAACGUCAGACACGCAACCCACAGUAAGUGGAGGAACAUCAGGUACACCACCGCCCUCAGUUACUGGAGGAACAUCAGUUACACCAACUCCUACAGUAAGUGGAGGAACAUCAGAUAAAUCAGCAUCCUCAGUUACUGGGAGUACGGCGUCAACAAAACGAACAGAAUCAACAACGAAUAUACCUGCAGCAUCAACUGCCUCUGCAUUUGAGGAUACGGCUUCCACAAAACAAACACCAACUCCCACAUUUACUGGAGGAACAUCAGAUACACCAACUCCCACAAUUACUGGAGGAACGCCAGACACGCAACCCACAGUAAGUGGAGGAACAUCAGGUACACCACCGCCCACAGUUACUGGAGGAACUUCAGAUACUCCACCGCCCACGGUUAAUGCUGAAACAUCAGGUACACCACUGCCCACAGUUACGGGAGGAACGUCAGACACGCAACCCACAGUAAGUGGAGGAACAUCAGAUACACCAACAUCCUCAGUUACUGGGAGUACGGCGUCAACAAAACGAACAGAAUCAACAACGAAUAUACCUGCAGCAUCAACUGCCUCCGCAUUUGAGGAUACGGCGUCAACAAAACGAACACCCACUCCCACAAUUACUGGAGGAACAUCAGAUACACCAACUCCAACAAUUACUGGAGGAACGUCAAAAACGCAACCCACAGUAAGUGGAGGAACGUCAGGUACACCAACUCCCACAUUUACUGGAGGAACUUCAGAUACUCCACCGCCCACAGUAACUGGAGGAACGUCAGACACGCAGCCCACAGUAAGUGGAGGAACAUCAGGUACACCACUGCCCACAGUUACUGGAGGAACAUCAGGUACACCAACUCCCACAGUUACUGGAGGAACGUCAGACACGCAACCCACAGUAAGUGGAGGAACAUCAGAUACACCACCGCCCACAGUUACGGGAAGAACAUCAGAUACACCAACUCCCACAGUUACGGGAGGAACGUCAGACACGCAGCCCACAGUAAGUGGAGGAACAUCAGGUACACCACCGCCCACAGUUACUGGAGGAACAUCAGGUACACCACCGCCCACAGUUACGGGAGGAACAUCAGGUACACCAACUCCAACAGUUACUGGAGGAACGUCAGAUACACCACCGCCCACAGUUACGGGAGGAACAUCAGGUACACCAACUCCAACAGUUACUGGAGGAACGUCAGAUACACCACCGCCCACAGUUACGGGAGGAACGUCAGACACACAGCCCACAGUUACUGGAGGAACAUCAGGUACACCACCGCCCACAGUUACUGGAGGAACAUCAGGUUCACCAACUCCCACAGUUACUGGAGGAACGUCAGACACGCAGCCCACAGUAAGUGGAGGAACAUCAGGUACACCACCGCCCACAGUUACUGGAGGAAUAUCAGGUACACCAACUCCCACAGUUACGGGAGGAACGUCAGACACGCGUCCCAUAGUAAGUCGAGGAACAUCAGGUACACCACCGCCCACAGUUACUGGAGGAACAUCAGGUACACCAACUCCAACAGUUACUGGAGGAACGUCAGAUACACCACUGCCCACAGUUACGGGAGGAACAUCAGGUACACCACCGGCCACAGUUACGGGAGGAACGUCAGACACGCAACCCACAGUAAGUGGAGGAACAUCAGAUACACCAACAUCCUCAGUUACUGGGAGUACGGCGUCAACAAAACGAACAGAAUCAACAACGAAUAUACCUGCAGCAUCAACUGCCUCCGCAUUUGAGGAUACGGCGUCAAUAAAACGACCACCUACUCCAACAAAUACUGGAGGAACAUCAGAUACACCAACUCCAACAAUUACUGGAGGAACGUCAGACACGCAGCCCACAGUAAGUGGAGGAACGUCAGGUACACCACCGCCCACAGUAACUGGAGGAACGUCAGAUACAUCACCGCCCACGGUUACGGGAGGAACAUCAGGUACAACAAAGCCCACAGUUACGGGAGGAACAUCAGGUAGACCAACUCCCACAGAUACCGGAGUAACGUCCGAUACACCACCGCCAACAGUUACUGGAGGAACGUCAGAUACGCAACCCACAGUAAGUGGAGGAACAUCAGGUACACCACCGCCCACAGUUACUGGAACAACAUCAGAUACACCAACUCCCACAGUUACUGGAAGAACUUCAGAUACUCCACCGCCCUCAGAUACUGGAGGAACAUCAGAUACACCAACUCCCACAAUUACUGGAGGAACGUCAGACACGCAACCCACAGUAAGUGGAGGAACAUCAGGUACACCACCGCCCACAGUAACUGGAGGAACGUCAGACACGCAACCCACAGUAAGUGGAGGAACAUCAGGUACACCACCGCCCUCAGUUACUGGAGGAACAUCAGUUACACCAACUCCUACAGUAAGUGGAGGAACAUCAGAUAAAUCAGCAUCCUCAGUUACUGGGAGUACGGCGUCAACAAAACGAACAGAAUCAACAACGAAUAUACCUGCAGCAUCAACUGCCUCUGCAUUUGAGGAUACGGCUUCCACAAAACAAACACCAACUCCCACAUUUACUGGAGGAACAUCAGAUACACCAACUCCCACAAUUACUGGAGGAACGCCAGACACGCAACCCACAGUAAGUGGAGGAACAUCAGGUACACCACCGCCCACAGUUACUGGAGGAACUUCAGAUACUCCACCGCCCUCAGAUACUGGAGGAACAUCAGAUACACCAACUCCAACAAUUACUGGAGGAACGUCAGACACGCAACCCACAGUAAGUGGAGGAACAUCAGGUACACCACCGCCCACAGUUACUGGAGGAACAUCAAGUACACCAACUCCCACAGGUACUGGAGGAACUUCAGAUACUCCACCGCCCACAGUUACUGGAGGAACGUCAGACACGCAGCCCACAGUAAGUGGGGGAACAUCAGGUACACCACCGCCCACAGUUACGGGAGGAACAUCAGUUACACCAACUCCUACAUUAAGUGGAGGAACAUCAGAUACACCAGCAUUCUCAGUUACUGGGAGUACGGCGUCAACAAAACGAACAGAAUCAACAACGAAUAUACCUGCAGCAUCAACUGCCUCUGCAUUUGAGGAUACGGCGUCAACAAAACGAAUAGAAUCAACAACGAAUAUACCUGCAGCAUCAACUUCCUCGUCAUUUGAGGAUACGGCGUCAACAAAACGAACAGAAUCAACAACGAAUAUACCUGCAGCAUCAACUGCCUCCGCAUUUGAGGUUACGGCGUCAACAAAACGAACAGCAUCAACAACGAAUAUACCUGCAGCAUCAACUGCCACCGCAUUUGAGGAUACGGCGUCAACAAAACGAACACCAACUCCCACAUUUACUGGAGGAACAUCAGAUACACCAACUCCCACAAUUACUGGAGGAACGCCAGACACGCAACCCACAGUAAGUGGAGGAACAUCAGGUACACCACCGCCCACAGUUACUGAAGGAACUUCAGAUACUCCACCGCCCUCAGAUACUGGAGGAACAUCAGAUACACCAACUCCAACAAUUACUGGAGGAACGUCAGAUACUUCACCGCCCACAGUUACUGGAGGAACGUCUGACACGCAACCCACAGUAAGUGGAGAAUUAUCAGGUACACCACCGCCCGCAGUUACUGGAGGAACAUCAGGUACACCAACUCCAACAGUUACUGGAGGAACUUCAGAAACUCCACCGCCCACGGUUACUGGUGAAACAUCAGGUACACCACCGCACACAGUUACUGGAGGAACAUCAGAUACACCAACUCCCACAGAUACUGGAGGAACAUCAGCAAACUGUCCGGCAGGUGAUGAUCCAGGUCUAGUCUGCCAACCCUUCUUUUGCGUCAACCAGACGCUAGCCAACGAAUUCUGCUGUGCCACCUGCAAGUCCUCAGUCACUGACAUCACAGGUUCAAGUAUCACAGAAACAUCUGCUACUGCACCUACAUUUACCUCAGGCGGCACAUCUGGCUCAAGCGCUACAUUGACGACAGGGGGUACAAGUGGCUCCAGUGCUACCAUGACAACAGGUGGCACAUCUGGAAGCAGUGCUACCAUGACAACAGGCGGCACAUCUAGAAGUAGUGCUACAAUGACGACAAGCGACACAUCUGGAAGCAGUGCUACCAUGACGACAGGCGGCACAUCUGGAAGCACUGCUACAAUGACCACAGGUGGCACAUCUGGAAGCAGUGCUACCAUGACGACAGGCGGCACAUCUGGAAGCAGUGCUACCUUGACGACAGGUGGCACAUCUGGAAGCAGUGCUACUAUGACAACAGGCGGGACAUCUGGAAGUAGUGUAACCAUGACGACAGGCGACACAACUGGAAGCAGUGCAACCAUGACGACAGGUGGCACAUCUGGAAGCAGUGCAACCAUGACAACAGGCGUCACAUCUGGAAGUAGUGCUACCAUGACGACAGGCGGCACAACUGGAAGCAGUGCAACCAUGACGACAGGUGGCACAUCUGGAAGCAGUGCUACCAUGACGACAGGUGGCACAUCUGGAAGCAGUGCUACCAUGACAACAGGCGGCACAUCUGGAAGCAGUGCUACCAUGACCACAGGUGGCACAUCUGGAAGCAGUGCUACCAUGACGACAGGCGGCACACCUGGAAGCAGUGCUACCAUGACAACAGGCGGCACGUCUGGAAGUAGUGUAACCAUGACGACAGGCGGCACAUCUGGAAGUAUUGCUACCAUGACGACAGGCGGCACAUCUGGAAGCACUGCUACAAUGACCACAGGUGGCACAUCUGGAAGCAGUGCUACCAUGACGACAGGCGGCACAACUGGAAGCAGUGCAACCAUGACGACAGGUGGCACAUCUGGAAGCAGUGCUACCAUGACGACAGCUGGCACAUCUGGAAGCAGUGCUACCAUGACAACAGGUGGCACAUCUGGAAGCAGUGCUACCAUGACGACAGUCGGUACAUCUGGAAGCAGUGCUACCAUGACAACAGGCACCACAUCAGGUGCCAUGACAACAGCCUCCCUGUUUCCAGGUACCACAACCCAGAGGCCAAGUGUAUCAACAGCAUCCGUGUUCCUGCAGACGGGGUCGUCAGAACGAUCUUCCACUGCUGCAACCCCACCCACGACAGCAUCACUGACAGGUGGCACAUCUGGAAGCAGUGCCACUAUGACAACAGGCGGCACAUCUGGAGGCAGUGCUACUUUGACAACAGGCGGCACAUCUGGAAGCAGUGCUACCAUGACGACAGGUGGCACAUCUGGAAGCAGUGCUACCAUGACGACAGGCGGCACAUCUGGAAGCAGUGCUACCAUGACGACAGGUGGGACAUCUGGAAGCAGUGCUACCAUGACGACAGGUGGCACAUCUGGAAGCAGUGCUACCAUGACGACAGUCGGUACAUCUGGAAGCAGUGCUACUAUGACAACAGGCACCACAUCAGGUGCCAUGACAACAGCCUCCCUGUUUCCAGGUACCACAACCCAAAGGCCAAGUGUAUCAACAGCAUCCGUGUUCCUGCAGACGGGGUCGUCAGAACGAUCUUCCACUGCUGCAACCCCACCCACGACAGCAUCACUGACAGGUGGCACAUCUGGAAGCAGUGCUACUAUGACGACAGGCGGUACAUCUGGAAGCAGUGCUUCUAUGACAACAGGCGGCACAUCUGGAAGCAGUGCUACUAUGACAACAGGCACCACAUCAGGUGCCAUGACAACAGCCUCCCUGUUUCCAGGUACCACAACCCAGAGGCCAAGUGUAUCAACAGCAUCCGUGUUCCUGCAGACGGGGUCGUCAAAACGAUCUUCCACUGCUGCAACCCCACCCACGACAGCAUCACUGUUUUCAACAUCAACCUAG